UCACACUUCCCUCUCUUUGCUCCUGUGUUCAUCCACCACUCUGUCUGUGCUGGCAGAGCAGGGUUGCAGUCAUGCAUGUGGACACUGUCUUUCUUGUGUGUCCCCUGAUUUUUGUAGCCUUGUGGAGGGGGGUCCAGGCUGUCUCUCCUGUACCCUCAGUCCCUGACCGUGUCCAAGCUGUGGUGGGCUCCUGCGUGGUGAUUCCCUGCUCUUUCACUCCUCUCGCUCCUCAUCCUCUCAAGGGGAGGAAGGAGAGGAUAGACGUCCGGCUGAGGUUCAGAGGUGGUGGCCACUUGUUUCCUCUUCGGAGCACUGCUUUUAACAGCGAGGACAGGGAUCAAGUGAGCAGGGAUUUCCAAGGCCGGACAUCCCUCAUUGGACGAAUCACAGAUGGAGACUGCUCCGUGAAGAUUGAAAGGGUCAGCCGGGAUGACUCACGAACGUUUGAGAUCGCUCUGAAAAGAGGUGAUGACUUACUGUGGGGAAAACCAAAGAGCUUUGGUCUGGAAGUUGUUGACACUCCUGAGGCUCCUGUCAUCAGUGGCAUGUUGUCAGCCACAGAAGGACAGCUGGUCACCUUGAACUGCUCCGUCAACUACCACUGCCCCUCCAGACCUCCUACCCUACAGUGGCGCUGGGACAGAGGAGCCCAGCUGAACACCACUGAGCCUGGGGAGGUACAGACCCUCCACCCAGAGCCCCACAGGCUGAUGUUGCUGGCCCCUCUAUCCUUCACUGUGUCACAUCAGGUGAAACCCAGGCUCAGAUGUGAGGUCAGCUAUCCUGGAGCCAAAACACUGGUCACUUCGAAGGAACUACAUGUUACAUUUCCACCAAAAGAAGUGAAAGUUCAGGUCCAGACCCUGAUAGUGCAGGAGGGGGGCAGCGCCUUGCUGGUCUGCUCAUGUAAGGCCGACCCUCCAGUGUCAGAGUACCGCUGGUCCUACACACAACACGGCCGUACGGUGAACCUCCCUCAGCGCUCGCACACAGUUCGGGUGUACAACGUGACUCGUGACAUGAGGGUCCGCUGCUCAGCACAGAACCUCAUUGGUCGAGGAGAGUCCCGGCCCACGCCACUGAACAUACGAUAUAAACCAGUCAUUCUCCAGCAGUCCUCCACCUGUGUAGUAGAGGAGUUGGAGGUUCUGUGUCACUGUUCAGUGGACUCCAACCCCAAACCCGCGAUCACUUGGAGCAUUAAUGGGACUGUUCCACCUCAUGAUUACAACAUGUCAGUAACAUCAGAGCCUCACAAGCAAACAGCUACUCUGAGGGGCCGCAUGGAUAAACCCCUGACAGUGAUCUGCUUUGCUUUCAACGCGCUGGGAAACGACUCCCUGGUUUUGCUGCAGGGAGGAGAAGAAACAGCAGCUUUGUGGUGGCUGGUGAUACCUGCUGUGGCCAUCUGCUUGGUCAUAUUCCUUCUUUCUCUUAUUUUCUACUGCCGCCGAAAAAGAUCUGGAAAAAAUGUCCUGAGCAGACAUCCAGCUGUUUACCCCGAGGGACUGGGAAUUUAUCAGGACAGGAUGCCCCUCUAUAUUAACUGCACAGAAGUGACUCAUGUCUACACCAACGGCAGCUAUCAACUUGUAUACCAAAACUGCACACCUCUUUUUGUCCAUACUAACCAGAUACGUCCAAUAGGCAGAAGAGGUGGAGAGAGAAGAAGAGGAGGAGAGGGUGUGGGACAAGACAGGCGAGCCGCUUUGGGAGUCAGAGGCACAAGAGAGGUGCAGGGUACUGCUGUGGCUGAUGCGGAAACAGCCAUCUACCUGGAGAUCCUCUGAGUCUCAUCAUUCCCGUUACAUUAAACUCGCAUUUGACGUCUCCUACAAAUGGUAAUGCACGUGUUUAUGUAGCUUUCACGUUAUUGUAUAUAGUGUACAUCCAUAUCUGAAUGUCAUCAGCAUUUCAAAAUCAUGCACUGUGAUCUCUUGAAUGGCUAGUGGUUGUCUGUCUCUCUCAUAAUCUCCAUAUUGAACAAUUUCUGUCUCUUUGAUUGUUGGCCUGUGACCUACCUCUGUGCUCUUUUUAUAAAAGAUGAAAAGGUGUGAUAAAAGAGGUUUUUCAUCAUUUCAUCCUCUCUAUAUAU